AUGGCCGGGGCGGCGGGGAGGAGCCGGACCCGCCCCCGCCCCCGUCGUCUUCGUCCUGCCCCGCAGCCCGGGCCGCCUUCCCCCGGCCCGGCCCGGGUGCUGCCGCCGCUGGGGCUGACCCUGGGGCCGGGGCCCGGGCCCUCCGGCGCCGGUGGGUCGUGGUGCCCGGCCCCCUGCAGCUGCGACGGGGCCCGCCGGGUGGACUGCUCCGGGAGGGGGCUCGCCGCCCUGCCCCCCGGCCUCAGCCCCUUCACCCAGGCCCUGGACAUCAGCAUGAAUAACAUCACUAAGUUGCCAGAAGAUGCAUUUAAAAAUUUUCCCUUUCUAGAAGAAUUACGACUGGCUGGCAAUGAUCUUUCUUUUAUCCAUCCAAGGGCCUUGUCUGGGCUGAAGGAACUCAAAGUUUUAACUCUCCAGAACAAUCAACUGAAAACCGUUCCCAGUGAAGCCAUCAGAGAUCUGGGUGCUUUGCAGUCUUUGCGUUUAGAUGCCAAUCAUAUUACCUCAGUCCCUGAGGAUAGUUUUGAAGGUCUUGCUCAACUAAGGCAUCUGUGGCUAGAUGACAAUAGCUUGGUAGAAGUUCCUGUUCAUCCACUGAGCAAUCUUCCAACUCUACAGGCCUUAACUUUGGCCCUCAACAAAAUUACAAGCAUCCCUGACUUUGCAUUUACCAACCUUUCAAGCCUUGUUGUUUUGCAUCUUCAUAAUAAUAAAAUAAAAACCCUAGGACGGCAAUGUUUUGAUGGAUUAGACAACCUGGAAACCCUGGACUUGAGUUAUAACAAUAUGGGAGAGUUGUCUCAAGCUAUUAAAGCCCUCCGAAGCCUAAAAGAGCUGGGAUUUCAUAGUAAUUAUAUUUCUAUAAUUCCUGAUGGAGCAUUUGUUGGAAAUCCACUCUUACGAACCAUACAUCUGUACGACAAUCCUUUAUCUUUUGUUGGGAACUCAGCAUUUCACAAUUUAUCUGAUUUGCAUUCACUAGUCAUUCGGGGUGCAAGCAUGGUACAGUGGUUUCCCAAUUUGACUGGAACUCUUAAUUUGGAAAGCCUGACCUUGACGGGUACCAAGAUCAGCAGUAUUCCCAAUAAUUUGUGCCAGAAGCAGAAGAUGCUUAGGACCUUAGACUUGUCAUACAAUGAAAUAAAGGAGCUUCCAAGUUUUAACGGCUGCAGUGCCUUGGAGGAAAUCUCCUUUCAACAUAAUCAGAUCAGUGAAAUCAAGGAAGGGACCUUUCAGGGACUGAUUUCCCUCCGUAUCCUCGAUCUUAGUCGAAACCGGAUCCACGAAGUUCACAGUCAGGCAUUCACCAAACUUGGUUCAAUAACUAACUUAGACUUAAGUUUCAAUGAAUUGACUUCAUUUCCCACGGAAGGAUUAAAUGGGCUAAACCAGUUAAAACUUGCUGGCAACUUUCAGUUGAAGGAACCUUUGGCUGCAAAGGACUUUGUGAAUCUCAGGUCUUUAGCUGUUCCGUAUGCCUAUCAGUGCUGUGCCUUUUGGGAUUGCAACUCGUAUUUGAAUUCAAACACAGGAGAUGUCAGCCUCCGGGAUCAUAAUGCGUCCCUAAGCCAUGAUAAAGGUUCAGUUGAUGCCACUGAUAUCACAAUCAGUGUGGAAAAUGAAGAGCACAGUCAAACAAUAAUUCAUUGCGUCCCCUCAACAGGUGCAUUUAAGCCUUGUGACUAUUUACUGGGCAGUUGGAUGAUCCGUCUCACUGUCUGGUUUAUUUUCCUAGUUGCUCUGUCGUUCAACCUGCUUGUCAUUUUAACUAUAUUUGCGACACGUACUCCACUGCCUUCAUCCAAACUGUUCGUAGGCCUGAUUUCCGUGUCUAAUUUAUUCAUGGGCAUCUACACCGGCAUAUUAACUUUCCUGGAUGCCGUCUCCUGGGGACGAUUUGCCGAAUUCGGCAUUUGGUGGGAGACUGGCGGCGGCUGCAAAGUUGCUGGGUUUCUUGCGGUGUUCUCAUCCGAAAGUGCCAUAUUUUUGCUGAUGCUGGCAGCCAUCGAACGGAGCUUGUCUGCGAGGGAGAUCUUCCAGAAGGGGAAAAGCAACCGUCUUAAGCAAUUCCAGAUCGCUGCCAUGUUUGCUUUUCUCUGUGCCACAGUAGCAGGUUGCUUGCCGCUCUUCCACAGAGGGGAAUAUUCGGCCUCCCCCCUCUGCUUGCCCUUCCCCACCGGAGAGACCCCUUCCUUGGGCUUUACGGUCACCUUGGUACUUCUAAACUCGUUAGCGUUUUUGCUAAUGGCCAUCAUCUACACUAAACUUUAUUGCAACUUGGAAAAAGAGGACCUCUCCGAGAACUCGCAGUCCAGCGUGAUUAAGCAUGUUGCCUGGCUCAUCUUCACCAACUGCAUCUUUUUCUGCCCCGUGGCGUUUUUUUCAUUUGCGCCACUGAUCACUGCGAUCUCUAUCAGCCCUGAGAUAAUGAAGUCUGUCACUCUGAUAUUUUUCCCAUUGCCGGCUUGCCUGAACCCGGUCCUCUACGUCUUCUUCAACCCCAAGUUCAAGGAAGACUGGAAAUUACUGAAGCGCCAUAUCACCAAGAGAAACGGAUCAGUGGCGGUUUCCGUCAACAGCCACGGCGGGUGUGUGACGCAGGAUUUCUACUACGACUGCGGCGUGUAUUCGCACCUGCAGGGCAACCUGACUGUGUGUGACUGCUGCGAAUCGUUUCUUUUAACAAAGCCGGUAUCUUGCAGACACUUAAUAAAGUCACACAGCUGCCCUGCGCUAGCAGUGGUACCUUGCCAAAGAUCAGAUGGCUAUUGGUCUGACUGCGGGACCCAGUCCGCUCAUUCUGAUUACGCGGACGAGGAGGACUCCUUUGUUUCGGACAGUUCGGACCAAGUGCAAGCUUGUGGGCGUGCCUGCUUCUAUCAGAGUCGAGGAUUUCCUCUGGUCCGCUAUGCUUACAAUAUACCAAGAGUUAAAGACUGAAAAGAUUUGUUGUUAAAUUAUUCCUUUCACCCACUCUCUUUUGUUUUUUAAGUAUAAUGCUUCCGAGGUUACUCCUUCUGAAUUGUCAUCCAGAGACCCUUCUGUAGUUCCUUGCUGCCUGGUGUCCCCUGAAAGAAGAGAAGUGGGCAGUAAACUUUUCCAGACGUGGGUUUUCAGAGGAUAGGUGUCUAAAUUGAAAUUGGGUAGAAGAAAAACGUACAGCCUCGUAUAUUUAUCCUUGCUAAGCCGUGCCGUGUGUCAUUUCUUUUGAAAAGUUUUCUUCAAGGCUUUCGUGUUGUACUCUGUUGUACUUUGCUUCAUCUGGUCUGUGAGAAGCAAGUUUUCCACUUUUCCCAGUGAAGCACAAUAUAAAGGACAGCUGUUAAUAGAGAAAUUUAUUUUUAAAUGUGACUUUCUGCAAUUGAAGACUAAAAAAAUCUCUUGCUAGGUCUGUAUAGUAAUUCAGCAUUAUUGAUCUCAGGAAUCUUACUGCAGGGCCAAAAGAGGGAUUAGUUCCCCAAAUAGAACUGUGAGAGUGAUGGAGUCAUAACCUAUAUUUACGGAUGUGUAUUUUUCUUUCUCUAGAUUUGAUCUGCUAGGGUAACGAACUUUAUUUCAGCAAUCUAUGAACCCUGGUAUCUGUGUACGUGAAACAGGGAAAUUAACAGCUGUCAGAAAUAGUAGAACCAAAUUCAUUUUUGGUAGUCGCACAUUGUUUAGGUUGAAACCGCGGUAACUUUUUUCCAGUAUUGUGUGAUAGACCCAUUCCCGGAGAAUAGCGAGGCCUCGAUGUUCUAUGGAUUUAGCUCUGAAGGAGGACUUUUUUUAAAUGUGUAGAGAGACUCUUCAACUUUAUGCAUUCAGAACGGAAAUUUCACAGUAUCUUUGGCCCAGUUGUGAUUUUGUAUCCAGAAGUGGAUGGAAAAGACACCUCUGCACAAUCCAACUGCAUUUUGCGUUAUGCUGAAAGCAAAAGUUCAUUGUGAGGAAUAAUUUCAUGUACUUGGGUGGAAUUGGGAGUAAUUAUAGUUUAAUCUUAUAAUAACUUUGAUUUUUAUAUAGCGCUUUUCCUGAGAACUCAAAACAUUUUCCUAUUCUGACAUAGUGCCUAAACUACUCCCAGGAUGGAAACUUAGCAAUUUUAGAGCUGUUAACAGAUGUCACAGGGGACUGCAGCAGUCAUUUACCAAUCGCCACAGAAUGGGUGGAUUUUCCAGCUUCGGAAGGUUCCAGGUUGAACCUGGGCCGUGUUCAUGGGCUCCACUGGCCAGAAGAUGGUCGGGGACAAUUCAUAAAGGGUAGGUGGUGGGGGAAGUAUAUGGAAAAAAAAAGGAAAAUGGAAAAAACGGAAAAUUAAACCUUUUGGUCUGGACACCACAGGAAGUCUCCUUUGUAAAAUCUAUAAAUGUUUCCGGACUUUUGUCUAACAGUAUAUUCAACCAGCAGCAAAUCCACUGCCGUACCAGGAAUUCUGGAAAUAUUCGUUUUUAGAAGUUGUAAGCUAGAUGGCCAUUUUAAGAAUAAAAACUGUACAUACUGUGCAUACAAUGAAUUUUUAUCUUUGCUUUGUAAAUUAUUUGAUAGGACACACCUGAUGGGAAAUGUGGCUUCAGUUUAUUUCAUUAAUAAAAGCUACCUCCUCAACUAUAGUGGCUGUGAGUAGUGGAAUGUUAAAUUGUGAUUUAUAUACUUUGGGGGCAUUGUAAAUAGUAAUGGUUGUACAUUGUCAAUGUAAUAAACAGAAUCUUUGUAUAUCAAAAUUAUGUAGUUGGUACAAACUA